AUGGCCAUCAAAAGCUUCAAGCCAGCUCUCUGCUCCAUCCUUGUUCUUCUCACUGUGAGCUCUAGGGUUUUGGUCAUAUCAGAAGCUCGUCCUCUUAAGCUGGGGAGUUCAUGGAGCUCCAUAGACAAGGAGAUGGAGAGUGUGUUUGAUGGGCUGUUCAUUGACGCAGUGAAGAACGGAGGCCCAAGCUCCGGAGGAAAGGGUCAUGCCUUCACUGAUUCUGAAACCCUUGGAGGGAACAAGCACUCUGUGUAUAUUGGUGCAAUGAAGAAUGAAGGCCCGAGCUCCGGAGGAAAUGGUCAUGCCUUCACUGAUUCUGAAACCCUUGGAGGGAUCAAGCAAUCUGGUCCAAGCUCUGGCGGCGGCGGAAACUAA